GUGACCGCGGACCAGCCGCGCUGGGUGAGCCACCACCACCCCGCGGUGCUCAACGGGCAGCAUCCGGACGCGCACCACCCGGGCCUCGGCCACUCCUACAUGGACCCGGCGCAGUACCCCCUGCCCGAGGAGGUGGAUGUACUUUUUAACAUCGACGGCCAAGGCAACCACGUCCCGUCCUACUACGGCAACUCGGUCCGGGCCACGGUGCAGAGGUACCCUCCGACCCACCACGGGAGCCAGGUGUGCCGCCCGCCUCUGCUGCACGGAUCCCUGCCCUGGCUGGACGGCAGCAAAGCCCUGGGCAGCCACCACACCGCUUCGCCCUGGAACCUCAGCCCCUUCUCCAAGACGUCCAUUCACCACAGCUCCCCGGGGCCGCUCUCCGUGUACCCACCGGCCUCCUCCUCCUCUCUGGCGGCCGGCCACUCCAGCCCACACCUCUUCACCUUCCCGCCCACCCCGCCGAAGGACGUGUCACCGGACCCCUCGCUGUCCACUCCUGGCUCGGCUGGCUCGGCCCGGCAGGACGAGAAAGAGUGCCUCAAGUACCAGGUGCCGCUGCCGGACAGCAUGAAGCUGGAGGCAUCGCACUCGAGGGGCAGCAUGGCCCCCCUGGGGGGCGCCUCGUCGUCGGCCCACCACGCCAUCACCACCUACCCGCCCUACAUGCCGGAGUACAGCCCGGGACUCUUCCCGCCCAGCAGCCUACUGGGGGGCUCCCCCACUGGCUUCGGAUGUAAGUCCAGGCCCAAGGCGCGAUCCAGCACAGAAGGCAGGGAGUGUGUGAACUGCGGGGCAACUUCGACCCCUCUGUGGCGGCGGGACGGCACCGGUCACUACCUUUGCAAUGCCUGUGGGCUCUACCACAAGAUGAAUGGCCAGAACCGGCCCCUCAUCAAGCCCAAGCGGAGACUGUCGGCAGCGAGGAGGGCUGGCACUUCCUGCGCGAACUGUCAGACCACCACUACCACGCUCUGGAGGAGGAACGCCAACGGAGACCCUGUGUGUAACGCCUGCGGGCUCUACUACAAGCUGCACAAUAUUAACAGACCCCUGACCAUGAAGAAGGAAGGCAUCCAGACCAGAAACCGGAAGAUGUCUAGCAAAUCCAAAAAGUGCAAAAAGGUGCACGACACGCUGGAGGACUUCCCCAAGAGCAGCUCCUUCAACCCGGCCGCCCUGUCCAGACACAUGUCCUCCCUGAGCCACAUCUCCCCGUUCAGCCACUCCAGCCACAUGCUGACCACCCCCACGCCCAUGCACCCGCCCUCCGGCCUCUCCUUCGGACCUCACCACCCUUCCAGUAUGGUCACUGCCAUGGGCUAGGGCCUGCUGGAUGUGCUCAGGUCUCCGAGAGCGAGUGAGCGAGCAAGAGUCCCUCCAGCCCCUUCUACUUGCGUUUUUGCAGGAGCAGUAUCAUGAAGCCUAAAAGCGACGGAUAUAUGGUUUCGAAGGCAGAAAGCAAAAUGAUGUUUGCCACUUUUGCAAGAAGCUCACUGUGGUGGUGUCUCUGUUCUGACCACUGAAUCUGGGUCCCAUUUGUGAAUAAGCCAUUCAGACUCACGUUCCCUAUUUAACAGGGUCUCUAGUGCUGUGAAAAAAUUGCUGAACAUUGCUUAUAACUUAUAUUGUAAGAAAUACUGUACAUUUGAGGAAGACUUUAUUGCACCUGGGUAGCUGUAAGAAAGGCAUGAAGGACGCCGAGAAUUUUAAGGAAUAUGGGGGAAAUAAAAUAUGGAAAGUCAGAAGAAACUAGGGCUGAUAAUCCAAAUGGACAAACUGCCAGUUUUGUUUCCUUUCACUGGCCACAGUUGUUUGAUGCAUUAAACGAAAAAAAUAUAGAGAGAGAAAAAAAAAAAAAAAAAAAA